AUGGCAAUAAACGUCAACGGUGCGGUAGCUCUUCUGACCGGCAGCGAGGGGCUGCUGGGAACCACUUUUGCUGUCUCGUUGCUCGAAAAGGGGGCAAAGGGAGUCAUUUUCCUUGGGUCCGAAGCGGCCAACAAACCCCACAGGGAACUAGUGGAAAAAUACAGCGAGGAGAGAGUGCUUGUACACGACUGUGACAUCACGGACAAGAACAGCCUGAAAGCGGGAUUCGAGGCGGCAAAAGCAAAGUUUGACAGGCUGGACAUCGUGUGUAACCUUGGGUCAUCAUGGGACGAGAUCGAGUGGGAGAAAACCAUACAGAUAUCGCUGCACGGCAUUAUCCAUGGUACCCGGCUGGCCCUUGAAUACCUCAACGCCAAAGGAUUGCUUGUCAACGUGACGUCAGUUGCAGCGAUGACCCUGGCCCCUUACAUGCCGAUUGUCAGUGCCUGCAAGGCCGCUGUGCUAGCAUACACCAAGACCAUUGCGAAAUUCGACCCGGAAGUGAAAACUCGCAAGAUUCGAGUGAACGUCUUCUGUCCGUGCCCGAUGAAAGAUGACGAGAUGUCCACGGCCGUGCUAGCCGAGGAACGGGUGCAGAAACACGCUGAGAUUACCCUGACUAAACUCAAGACUAAACCCGCAUCUGUGGUUGCCGACUCCCUUAUGAAGCUUGUUGAGCAGGACCGGCACGAUGAGACGCUCUACGUCCACGGGGAGCUUGGACCGAUAUUUGCCCUGGACGAAACCACUGAUUUCAGGAGGAAGUAUCGUGCCUCCUCCGUGGUCAAGAACCUGUAAAAGAGUACCUGAAAUCAGACACAGUUUAUGACGCAAGAAACGUACAAUGUCAUACCAAUUAGGUCUACUAUUAAAAGAAAAGAGUCGUGGCAAUUUUUACAGGCAACUUGGAGGCAACCAACUGCAGUGUUUUCUACGGGGGUCAAUGGUGGCACACGAGUCACUUUUCAAACAAUGUCUUAUGUACGAUCCCCAACAAAUUUAUAGUGUGUGAAUGAAUUCUCUUCUUGGAGAUUGCCUGAAACUGGUUGCCUGUAAAUUGCCUCAACAAAACUAUAGUUCUAAUUCUACAUCUCUAAAGAUAAUAAAGACAUCUCACGAUAUCAAAAAGUGGUAUUGUUUUUUUCUUGGCGGUAAUUUUAAAUGGAAUGGGGAUACAAGACCAGAGGUCUACCACGAUGUGAAAGCCAUAAAAUUGAAACGUUAACAGUGAUCUUAUCGACCAAACUAUUUUUUAUAAUGAAGAAGUCGCUAAAAAGUGUAGUUAUUUCAAAUAGGCCUACCACAAAAAGUAACAAUUUUUUGCAAAAUGCAUGCUAAUAAUGAAUGGCAAAUCAUUAAGUUUUAGUAUCAAUAUUGGUAUAAUAAUUUUGUGUUACAUUUUGCUCUGCUAUACAAUCAUUUACUGUUAUGUAUUUUAAAGAAUUAUAUUGAAAAUAAUAAUUCAUGGCUCACAUAAGGCAAACGUUAUUAUCUAAAAAUGGCUAAUUAUAUAGUGUGACGUGUACUUGACACACAUUGAAUAGUAGUGGGUUACAAACCUCAUUUCACCGAGUCCUAGGGAAAAAUCCAAAAGCACAUCACUCGGGCGGUGUUCAAAACCACAUCCUUUGCCCGGUAGUUAGAGAUCGUUUCAGUCCUGUUCUAUUUGGGCACGGAUUUUUGAACCUAAGUGAAACUGAAACUUUAAAGGCAGUGGACUAAUUACUCAAAAAAAUUAUUGGCAUAAAACCUUUAUUGGUGACGAG